AUGACGUCUGGGGGGACAGAGAGCAUUCUGAUGGCCUGCAAGGCGUACCGAGACCUGGCUUACGACAGAGGCAUCAAACAGCCAGAAAUGUUGGUGCCGGUGAGCGCUCACGCAGCGUUUGACAAGGCAGCGCAUUACUUUGGGCUGAAGCUGAUUCACGUCCCGCUGACCAGGGCUAUGGAAGUGGAUGUUCAGGCAAUGAGGAGAGCCAUCUCGAAGAACACAGCCAUGCUGGUCUGUUCCGCUCCCCAGUUCCCCCAUGGGAUUAUGGACCCGAUUGAUGAGGUGGCAGAGCUUGCGGUGAAGUACAAAAUCCCCUUCCAUGUUGACGCCUGCCUGGGUGGUUUCCUUAUCGCUUUCAUGGACAAGGCAGGCUUCCCUCUGAAGCGUCCCUUUGACUUCCGCGUAAAAGGCGUGACCAGCAUUUCUGCCGAUACCCACAAGUACGGCUACGCUCCCAAGGGUUCCUCGGUGGUGCUGUACAGCGACAAGAAGUACAGGAGCUACCAGUUCUUUGUAGCACCCGACUGGCAAGGGGGUAUAUAUGCCUCCCCCUCUUUGGCGGGCUCCAGGGCUGGUGGAAUCAUAGCCGCGUGCUGGGCGACUCUGAUGCACAUUGGCGAAUCGGGCUACGUUGAGGCUACAAAGAGGAUCAUUAAAACGGCUCGUUUCCUCGAAUCAGAAUUGAGAAAAAUGGACAGCAUCUUCAUUCUUGGGAAACCUGAGGUGUCUGUUAUCUCCAUCGGUUCGGAAACCUUUGACAUUUAUCGACUAUCUAAUUCCUUAGCUGCAAAAGGAUGGAACUUAAAUGCCCUACAGUUCCCACCAAGUAUUCACCUCUGCAUUACGCAGUUGCACACAAAGCCCGGGGUUGCCGAGCAGUUCCUGCGAGACGUCAGAGACGGCAUCGAGGAGAUCAUGAAGGACCUCAGCGCCAAGACCACAGGCAUGGGCGCAAUCUAUGGAAUGGCCCAGUCGGUCCCAGACAGGAGCUUGGUAGCGGAGAUUUCUCAGGCGUACUUGGACGGCCUCUACAGCACGGAUGUUCCUUGCAGCGAAAAGCACAUGAACGGCUCUCCCAGCCACCAUUGACUGUGGAGCAGCAAUCGGUGCCUUGCCAGCUAGCACUGGGGUGGUUCUAAAGGUUUUGGAGAGCAGGAGAUUGCAGUAAGCCUUUGUUCUGUCUGAUGGCGGCUUCAUCUUAAAACUUCCUUCUGCGUCUUAGUCUGUUCUGAAGUCCACGUUCAUGCCCAGCUUUAGUUUUAGGGCUUUUCUUCCCUUCGCCUUGCCUAUUUUCAUCAUGACUCUUGAUGGUGAAUCAAAUGUCCAUUCCACAACUCGAAAUUGCUCAGGUAUUCUGCGUGUCACUUCAUUCCUUGCUGUUUCUCCUCCUCAGACGUGAUAUUCAGCCGGCAUCCAGCCAAGCGUUAGAUUUGGGUUCUCGCGUUGUGUUCCAAAGCUUCAAUCUUCCCACAAGUUGAAGGGAGAAAAUAAAUCGGAUAUUUUGUUUUGAGUAUUUCUGCAAGCUGCUGCAUUUAACAGACUGCGCUGGGAGCCUUCUGUCUGUGUCAUUCAGAGCUGAUCAAUUGGCAAAGGAGAGAUGGUCAUGUACUCUUUUGGAAAUCCCCUCUGGAGAUCUCAGUGAGACUGCAAUCAAUAACUGCCGAAGGGGGUAAAGAAACCCCGAACAAAAUCCUUUCUCUGGAAUCUCUUGGUUUGAGUAACAGCAGCAAUAGAAACCAAGAGGGUGGUAUAGGGAGAGGAACUGGAUGGUACUGAAAAUCCUAGGUACGUAGUAACCGUUUUGCUUCCCUGCCUCUUUCAGAAGCAUUUCCCACCUAGAGUGCUCAUUGCACCUUGCACACUUCUGGAGGGAUGUGCAAAGCGGCGAUUUCACUGUUCAUAACUUGAAGGUGUUGCACUAUCUCACGAUGCUGUAGUAGAGUCAGCCCAGCCCCGGCGUGUGCCGCGGCCAGGACUUCACCCGCAAAUGGAUGGCGCCAAAGCUGACCUGUUUUUACUGUGAUCUUUUAGCAUAAAAGGGCGACUUUUGUCACAGUAGCGAUCUCUGCUCUUUGCACUGAUUGUUUUAAGGCACGUUCUCAAAAAGGGCAUUCACCAUUGUGCCUUGAUGCUUCUCUGGCUUUUUUGUUUUGCUCGUGGGAUGCCAGGGAGGGUUUGAGGGUUCAGCUGUCGAUCGCAGCGUCUGCUGCGCUUGUUUCCUUAUGGUACUACACUGAAAAACAAACCUCAAAGGCAGACUGGCCUCAGAGAAAGCACACUUGCCUGUAAGGUAGAAGAGGAGUCAUACUGAGCCAAGUUCCUUCACAGUAUUACAAAGAUGCUGGUCCAGCUCUGAUAGGACGCAGCAAGUUGGGACACAGUCAAGCCUUGGGCGUUUGGCUUACCCUUUUGAUUUAUUCCCCACUGUUUUUAUGGUGAGAGAGUUUUUCCAGUGCAACUUGAGAGGCAUUUGUGGCCUUAAGAACAAGCUAGAGUCUCUAGAGUUACCGAACAGUGCUGGAGUUAAUCCCGCAGGACUUACCCUAAGCUUUCUGCAAGCUACCAAGGAGAGUUUUGCAGGCAGAAUUUAACACUUAAGAGAAGACUUUGUGCCGCAUCUGCAGAGCCUUGUGGGGGGCUGAAGGCAUCUGUCUCUUUGCUGUAGUGGGCUUGUUAACCCUAAAGCCGACCCUCUCUGGCUUAACACUCGCACAAUAAUUAUAUGAGAAGGUUAUUUCCCAGGCACUGCACAAACCAGUGGAGCCUUGGCCCAGCCAUAGAACACUUGCUUUUUAACAGGCUCAUUCUCAGUGCUAAGACACUUUCGUGUUUUGGCGAUCUGCCCUUAAAUGGAUGACGUUCUGCAUGUCUCUGAGCCCUUUGGAAAACAGCUGGAUUGUCUGAUAAUCUCUUGAUGGUGUUACCAGCUCUGGCAGUCAGUUUGUGUUGGACCUGUUUAUUCUGGUAAGACUUGUCGAUGUGACCAUUAUUGCAUCUCUGAGUUUGCCAUACUUUGGGGGCAGUCUUGAAGUGUCUGGCUACUGUGCUGGUUCUCUUUAGAACCGAGAUUUAGAGGAAACAAGACAAAAAAAAAAAAGGGAGGUACUCUUUAUGUUUCUGCUUUAAAAGAGAAAGAGGGGAGGGAUGGAUUUGGAGUGGGGUGAAGGAAACUCCUUCCUCUUCACUGGCUGCGUUCUCCUCCCACGAAGUAGUGGAUCUGAGAGAUCAGUGCUCCAUUUUACAUUUCUGGAUGUAUUUAAAGAUGUUAUUUGUAAGUCAAUGUAUUCCAUUCUGGGCUUCACUUACUAGUAAUAUUUGUGGGUUUAAUUGUUUUAUGUGUGUUUGUUCUAUACUGUAAAUGUAAUCUUCUGGUCAGGAAUAGGACGCUGUAAUUUACUAUGUAGUCUUUAUUUAUCCUUGUCAUCUAACAUGUAACCUGCAUCUCCUUUAUCAUGCCAAAUGGUCUUAGAAAAAUGGUGCGUUUAACAGGCUGUAUAAUUAUUUAAAAGAUGAAAAGAAAAAGAAUUAAUGGACUGGAUUAUGAGCUGAAACUGGAUGGUACUUCAGACCUCAAGGGAUCUUUGCAACUGUUAAUUCCUGCAAGAUUUCUGUGAGACUUUCCAAGUGGGACACUGAAUUUGUUGCUUGUAGAAAGCACUCCCAAGGGGCUUGAGUGCUCUUAGGUACUAGAGCGAAGAAUAUCCAGUGGGACGGACCAAGGAGAGUUGGGUGUCUUCAUGCCAUGGAUUUCAUCCACACUUUUCUGAAGUGGAACGGUUGCGUACAACACAAUGAUGUCUUGCCCGGUGAUUACACGUGGACUUUUUAAUGAAGAAAUGGGAUGAGUGUUCUGUAUUGCUCUAAUUGGCCACUGUACAACUGUAGGCUGAAAUAGCUGAAGAGAUGGUGAAAAUGAGCCUAGUUUGUAUUAAAAUGGUGCAUUUAGCUAUGUAGGCUCAUCGAA